AUGGAGAACACCUGGAGUAUUCACAAGUUGGUCGGCCGCAUCAUCACUGGCGGCACCAAGAAGACGCAAGAUGGACAACAGGCUGCCGGCGAAUACCAAAGACUUGCAACCGAUCAUGGCAGUCCGAUAGACAACGACGACGAAAGGGCCACGAUCGAGCAAAGCCAUGUGCACGACAAGGCUGGAGAAGCCGGAGGACUCGAAGACAUUGAAGACGCCGUAUCUUUACCGCCGCCGCGGCGACGCGGGCCCAGGAUGGCGCAGCUCUGGUUACUCCUCGGAGCACUCAUCGCCACGAUACUCCUGCUCGUGACGGCCAUCACCACAAUUCGGCACAUCAAACCAACGUCCCCCAACAGCUCGCUCAAGCCGCCCAAGCUCGGGCUGCACUGCGGCUCGAGCCUCGCCGAAGCGCGCGCCAACGGCUGCGAAUUCGACCUGCUCAGCUACAGCUGGACGCCGUCGGCGUGCUACGACCGGACCACGGACCUCGAGUUCCGGGAGUGGGUGCACCGGCCGGAGCGCCAGUUCGGGGCGUUCCCCUUCUUCCUCGACCGGCAGGGCACGGCGCACAUCACCGACGAAGAGGCCCUGUCGUUCCGCGCGGGCUCGCUCGCCCGCACCACCCAGGAAGAGCACCUGGGCCACUGUAUCUUCUGGAUGAGGCGCGUCGAGAGAACCCUCGAGGGCGCCAAUGGCGGACGCUUCGCCGAGAGGGGCGACGGCAUGCCCCACACGUUGCACUGCACGGAGAACCUGCUGGCGCAGCUGGAGGGGCCGAACCCCAAGGAUCGAGACGAGCUGCACGCCGUCAUUGCGAUUGGGUAUAAUACGUGUUGA